UCAAGUGCGCUCUCUUUCUCUCUCUUUCAUAUCAUAUUAGUAGUAGGCCAGCACAUGGAACCUCACCACAAAUUUCUCUGUGUUUCAGUUUUUUUGGCUUUUAAGACCAGCUCUUCCUAGCGAAGUGGGUAAUUUCAUCUCUUUGAAUACUCCAUAGCUUUUCCCUUUCCUUUUCCACCUUUUCUCACUCUUUUAUCCAUGGAUAGUGCUCAGAGGCCGCAGGGAAUUGAGGUAGUUAAGCCCAUGGAAGCUUCAAGAGGUAUGGUAGAGAGAAGGACUAGACCUCAAAACGAUCACGCUUUGAACUGUCCCAGGUGCAAUUCAACCAACACCAAGUUUUGUUACUAUAAUAACUACAGUCUUUCUCAGCCAAGAUAUUUCUGCAAGACUUGUCGAAGGUAUUGGACUGAAGGUGGCUCCCUCAGGAAUGUUCCUGUUGGAGGUGGUUCAAGGAAGAACAAGAGGGCUUUAUCAUCAUCAUCACCACCACGACCACCAGCUUCAUCGAAAAAGCUUGGUGAUCUAACAACCCCACCUACUCCUCAAAACCCUAAAAUCCAUGAAGGUCAAGACCUUAACCUAGCUUACCCACCACCAACCGAGGACUAUAAUAGCUUGCCAAAGUUCGUUGAGGUGCCCUACAGCCACAAAAGCGACCAUCGGAACUCUACCUCCUCUUCAACUCAUCUCAAUGCUAUGGAGCUCUUGAAGACUGGUAUUAAUUCAAGAGGCUUGAGUUCGUUCAUGUCGAUGUCGGUUUCUGAUUCUAAUACGGUAUACUCAAGUGGGUUUCCAAUGCAAGACUUCAAACCGACUCUGAAUUUUUCCCUUGAUGGACUGGAAACUGGCUACGGGAAUCUUCAAGGGGUCGAGGAAAGUGGUGCAAGGCUUUUCUUUCCUAUGGAGGAAUUAAAGCUGGUUCCGAGCAAUGCUAACGAAUUGGAGCAGAAUAGAGGACAAGGAGAAUCUACCGGUUACUGGAAUGGGAUGUUGGGGGGAGGACAUUGGUGAUAGGAACAUCCAAAAGUAACAUGGUUUAACAGGACGAAGUUGGACUUCAUGCUUUCCUUCUUACAUAAUCGGUGACUAGUUUGAUUACUAACAGCAGGUACUUUUGGGAAAUGGUUAGCUUUUUACGAGCUCGUUUGAUUCCCUUUUUACUUGUAUUGUUGUGCUGUAGUAGUACCUUUCUCUACUCUUUGAUCAGUGUGGGUGUUUGAAGCUUCUUUUAGGACGGCUUCAAAAGGUUGACAUCAAGUGGUGUGUGUGUGCAUAAAUAUAAAAAGAGCAGUAAACUAUGCGACUAGGCACCAGGCAUUAAUCGAAAAGACGAGAGGAACUAAAAGUUCUUGGUUACUUGCUGCUUCUUGGGAUUGGAUUGCACUAUGAUUUUGGUUACACCCUGGUUGUUGAUCUUCUAAUAGUGUGUGCCAUGUUGUUAGGUAGCCGAAAAACAAUGUAAUUAGCAGUUUGAUGGGCAGAUAAUGACUUUGGUUGAAUUAAGAAAUUGUGAUUGGUGUACUUAGUUAUAAACAUGGAUUUUGUGUA